CCCUGCACAUUCAUUCUGUGUUGCAGGCCCACUGUACCGUCCACUGCUGUGUUACACGAGCUCCGUUCCCGUCACAUUACCCUCUACCAGUAUGGCCGCCAAGCUUAUAGUUAUUUUCGCCGCAUGCUUCGCUCUGGCGCAGGCCGGCACGGUGCGUCGUGAGGCGCCCUCGCCGCUGCAGGACCUGGAGAAGCACGCAGCCGAGUUCCAGAAGACGUUCAGCGAGCAGUUGAACGCUUUCACCAACUCCAAGGACACGAAGGAGUUUAACAAGGCGCUGAAGGACGGCUCCGAUACCGUGCUGCAGCAACUGAACUCUCUCGCUUCCACCCUCCAGAAAGCGUUGAACGACGCCAAUGGUAAAGCGAAGGAAGCGCUAGAGCAGACCAAGACCAACCUGGAGCGAGCGGCGGCCGACCUCCGCCAGCGCAACCCCGAAGUGGAGAAGCAGGCCAACAACUUGCGCGAGAAGCUGCAGAGCGCCGUGCAGACCACAGUGCAGGAGACACAGAAGCUGGCGAAGACUGUGGGCGCCAACCUGGAGGAGACGAACAAGAAGUUGGCGCCGCAGAUCAAGGCCGCCUACGACGACUUCGUGAAGCAGGCCGAGGACGUGCAGAAGAAGCUGCACGAGGCGGCCAACAAGCAAUAACACCCACACCCACCCGCCAACCGCCUCCAUAAUACAUGUAUAUAUAUAUAUAUAUUAUUGUAUGAAUAAACAAUAUUAUUAGACAU